AUGACAUUUGAACUAUUACCACAGAACACAGCAAUACCGUCAACUGUAAUUUCAUCUAAUAUGAGUCAAGUAGACUCGUCAUCUAUAGUUAAUAAUUUGUUUAGUAGUUGUAGUAGUGGUAGUGAUAGUGCGUUUAAUAUUCACCAGGAAAAAGUAAAUAAUUAUAAUUUUUCUGAGAUACAAAAUUGCAAUAUAUCUGAUACUUUAUUAACCCCAAAUUUUAAAGAAACUUUUAAUAAUAGUAGAACAAAUAUAUGCGAUAAGUUACGCUACUGGAUACUUCAGUAUAAAGUAUCACACAAUGGUGUUGAUUCUCUAUUAAGUAUUCUAAGGUCUGAAGGAAUCAAAGUGCCAAAAGAUGUCCGAACCUUAAUGAACACUCCUAAGACUAAGGAAAUUACCAAUAUAACAAAUGGGUCAUAUAUUCAUUUGGGUCUUAAAAAUAUGUUAUUACCACUACUAAAAAUAAAUAAUGCUAAUAUACAUAUUACUAAUAAGGAAUUAGAAGUAGGAAUUAAUAUUGACGGUCUCCCAAUAGCCAGAAGCAGCAAGAGCCAACUUUGGCCUAUAUUAAUUUCUAUUUUAAAUUGUAAUAAUUUAUUAUCUAAAAUUGUAAUUCCAAUUGGUAUAUUUCAUGGGUACAAGAAGCCACAUUCCAUUGAAGAAUAUUUAAAUCCAUUUAUUGAUGAUAUUUUAGAUGCAUUAAGAAGUGGUUUAGAUGUAAAUGGAACUAAAAUGAAUUUAAAAAUUUCUAAUAUAGUAUGUGAUGCCCCAGCUAAGAGUUUUUUACUGAAUGUCAAAUAUUUUAAUGCCUAUUUUGGAUGUUCAUCAUGCACUGAAGAAGGAGAAUACUUGGAAAAUAGGGUUGUUUCAACUGGGACAAAUGCCUCCUUGAGAACAGAUGAAAGUUUUCGUAAUAAUUCCAAUGAAGAAUAUUACAAAGGUGAUACCCCCUUACUAAGGCUACCGAUUAAUAUAACAGACGUAGUCUGUUUAGACUAUAUGCAUUGUAUAUGUCUCGGUGUCACAAAACGUUUGACUGAAUUUUGGGUUCGAGGAAAAAAGAAUAUUAGACUGACUGAUGAUCAAAAACAAUGCAUUAAUAACGAAUUAAAAAUAUUAAGAUCCUAUGUGCCAUCAGAAUUUUGUCGUUUGCCAAGACCUUUAGAUGAUGUAGACUUUUGGAAAGCUACAGAGUUACGUAGUUUUGUUUUGUAUUCAGGAGUAAUAGUUCUAAAAGGUAAACUGAAGUCUGAAUUUUACAAACACUUUUUGUUGCUAGUUUUUGCCACAAGACUUUUAAUAUCAGCUCAUUUAGAUUUGAAAAUUACUUACAGUACAUGA